ACAACAAAAAGGCAAAAGUUGCAAAUAAAAUAAAACAUAUCAAAGAGGGCGCAAAAUUAAAUUAAUUAAUAUUGCAACAACAGCAGCGGGGCAGCAGCUGUCAAAAAAUCUACAACAACAACAACAACACAAAGUGCAACACCAACAAUUGGCGCUGUCUGUAAAUUGGACAUGAAAUAAAAAAAAAUAAAAUAAAAAGCGCUGCAUAUUAUUUACUUUGUGCUCCACAUAUAUAAAAAAAAUCACCAACAAAAAGAUUAACAACAACAAGAGCAAAAUUUUGCCUGCACUUUUGCCUUUUGUGUGCCGCGGCAUCCACACAAAAAAACGGAAAGAAUUUAUAUACACCGAAAAAAAAGAAAAACACCCCCGAAUAUAUAUGUGCAACAGGAAGGAGGAGAACAGGAUAAUAACAGCAAGGGGGAGCGGAGCGGCAGCGCCGUAGAGGCUGUGGCAGCAUCCAUUUGGCUGUUGGGCAAACCGUAAUUCAAGACAGAAUCUAUGUGAUGCUAUGCACAUCAGCAGCUAUGAAAUAUGCUUAGAACGUGUUGCUGAGGAAUUUAUGGGUCGCAGGAAAUGGAAAAAUUAUCAAGAGCAAGCGACGCGCAGCCAACUGAAUAUCGAGGAGCAACAGCCCAUAGCGACAGCCGGUUCCGACGAGGACGAGGACAACAAGGACAACAGAAACCACUGUAAGCCAGAGAACCAGCACCACCGUUUAGAGCAGCAGUUUGAGGAGGAUUUUGAUAACCAAACAUCACAGGAUUCAUCACGUACAGCAACACCCAUAAGUAUACCAUCACCACCGCCAGAACCCAACGAUUGGAGACCGUCGGACAAGUGCAAUUUCUGUGUCAACGGUCGCCUGCUAACGGUGAACGCCCAGGGCCAAUUGGUGGCCGAAACGGUGGCACCCACAGCCACAGUCCACAGCAGCAGCAGCAGCACCAGCAAAGGCCCCACAUACCACAACGGUCAACACGACAGUGACAGCAACUCGAGCGCAUCGCUGCACCAGUCUGGGGCACGCAACAUUGCCAACAGCGGCAACUCCCUGGAACUGUACAAGCUGCUCACCCAACGGGCAGCCAAAAUGACAUCCAUGGACUCGAUGGCCGCCCAGCUGGCCCAGUUCUCGCUGCUGGCCGACUUCAAUCUGAUAAACUCUCUGGCCAGCCAGCAGCAACAGCAACAGCAGCAGCAGCAGCAACAUCCGCCACACAACUCGGUAACAACAACUACCUCAGAACUGCUAUCGGCAGCCGCCAUCAGUGCCCCACUCAAAGAUACACCCAGUCCCAGUGCCGAUGCCCCGCUCGAUCUUAGCAGCAAGCCAUCGCCAAAUUCAUCGAUUAGCGGCGAUGUAAAGUCCAUCAGAGCCCUCUCGGACUGCCCCACGCCCACGCCUUCGUCGGGGCGAAGGACCUACAGCGAGGAGGACCUGAACAGGGCCCUGCAGGACGUAACGGCCAGCAAGCUGGCACCCCGCAAGGUGGCCGGUCAGCACCGCUCCAGCCUGAUGAACAAGCUGGCGCACCACGAGCAGCGGCUCGAGCGACUCGAGCGGCUCGAGCAGGACGAGCCGGAUGAGCCGGAGGACUCGGCGGACGAGGCCGAGGUGGACAGCAACGCCUCCACCCCGGCACCGGUCUAUCCGGAGCUUGCCCAGCGCAUCGCGGCCACGGCCCAGCUCCACAAGCUGAGCAGCCACCUGUCCGAGCACAAUGGCAGCGAGGAUCUGGGCGAGGACCUCGAGGGCGGGGGCCAGCACUCGCCGAAGCUGUCCAGGAUACCAGGGCCCGCCAGUGCGGUGGCACCCAUACCCAUCGACACGAAUGUGCUGCUGCACACGCUCAUGCUGGCGGCGGGCAUCGGGGUGAUGCCCAAGGUGGACGAGACCCAGACGGUGGGGGACCUGAUCAAGGGCCUGCUGGUGGCCAACACCGGGGGCAUUGUGAACGAUGCGCUCAUCAACCUGCUCGCGGCCAGCCAGCAGGAGACCAGCAAUGGCAAUGCCGCCAGCCUGCUCCUCCAGCAGCACCAGCAGCAGUUGAAUGCCUUUCACCAUCGCCUACCAAAGUCUGAAACGCCCGAGACGAGCUCCUCGCUGGAUCCCAACGAGGCCAGCGAGGAUCCCAUACUGAAGAUUCCGUCCUUCAAGGUCAGCGGGCCACCCAGCAUCUCGCCCAGCAUCAGCCACAGCCACCACCAGCAGCAGCAGCAGCAGCACCUCCUUCAGCAGCAGCACCACCACCAGCACCCACACCACCACAACAAUCAUAGCUCCAGCAGCAACUCCCACGCCCACGGCCACGUCCACGCCCACUCCAACAGCAGCAAUCGGAACGGGGGCGGUGGCGGGGGGAGAGAGCGCAGUCCGCACUCGGCCUCGCCGAUGCUGGCCGCCGCUGUGUCCAACAGCAGCGCCAGUGCCGCCGCCGCCGCCGCCGGCCUGCUCUCGGCCUCGCCCACCUCCAUCCAGAAGAUGAUGGCCAGCAACAUCCAGCGGCAGAUCAACGAGCAGAGCAGCCACGAGGCAGCCGCGGCCGCGGCGGCGACAGCCAGCAGCAGCCUGCGCAACGGCAGCACUAGCGCCGGCAGCGACUGCAGCAACAAUGGGGCAGCAUCCGGCAACAACAACAGCAGCAGCAGCAGCAGCUACAAGAAGCCCAGCAUCUCGGUGGCCAAGAUCAUUGGCGGCACGGACACGUCCCGCUUUGGGGCGUCGCCGAACCUGCUAUCCCAGCACCAGCACCAGCACCACCAUGCCCACCUGCCCGCCGGCCAUCAUGCGGCGGCCGCGGCGGCGCACUCGCACCAGGCGCAACUGAGCGCCCAGGAGGCGGCCGCCCUGGCAGCGGGCAAGGGAACGCGCCCGAAGCGUGGCAAGUACCGCAACUACGACCGGGACAGCCUGGUGGAGGCCGUCAAGGCGGUGCAGCGCGGCGAGAUGUCCGUGCAUCGGGCUGGGAGCUACUACGGCGUGCCCCACUCCACGCUGGAGUACAAGGUGAAGGAGCGGCACCUGAUGAGGCCCCGGAAGCGCGAGCCCAAGCCCCAGCCGGACCUGGUCGGCCUGACGGGACCCGCCAACAAGGUGUGUCCGGAGAAGCUGAAGCCCGGCAACCACAUCAACCACACGGGCAACCACCACGGCGUCGGCGGCUCGAAGCUGAGCAAUGCCCUCAAGAGCAACACCUCCUCCCAGGCGGCAGCGGCAGCGGCGGCGGCGGCGGCCGCCGCAGCAGCGGCCUCAGCCACAGUGCCCAACGGCCUCAAGAUCUUCGAUGGGGUGGCGCCGCAGUUGGGCUUUCAGCCGAAUAUCUUUUGGACCCAGCAGAAUGCCGGCAACGCGUAUGGCCUGGACCUGCACCGCAUGGCGGAGGCCAUGCGCCAGCAGACCAACCAGACGAACGCCCACGAACGACCCAUGAAGAGCGCCCUGGAGAUAGCCGAGCACAUGUACGACGGCAUCAUCCGCAAGACCCUGCAGUCCUCCGGCGAUGGCAAUGGAAACGGGAGCGGCAGCGGCAGCGGCAGCAGCAGCACCAGCAACGGACACGCCCUGGGCCAUGGGCUGGGCCACCAUGGCAAUGCGCUGCUCGAUCAGCUGCUGGUGAAUAAGACGCCCCUGCCGUUCACCAACAAUCAGAGCAAUGACUACCGGGGGGCCGCCUGUUCGAGCGGCGGUGGGGAGCGCAUCAAGCGAUCCGCCAGUCCCUUGGGCGUCUAUGCGGAUAUCAAGAGGGAGCGUCUGAGUGCGGACAGUGCCAGCAGCGAUGAGGAGAGGGAUCGAGAGCGGGAUAGGGAUCGGGAUCAUGAUCAUUCCAGCAACAACAACAACAACAACAGCGACCUGGCGCACAACAAGAACAAGAGCAGCAGCAGCAACAACAAUGGCAACAGCAGCAGCAGGAACAACAACAACAAUGGCAAUGGCCGGAGCCGAAUGACCUCCAGGGACUCGGACGCCACGGAUGCCAGCAGCCUGAAGAGCGACCACAGCAGGCACCGGCACAGGCACAACAAAAUGAUGGAUCUCAAUGGGAGCAACAGCAGCAGCAGCCAGAACGACGGUGACGGUGAUGGCGAUGGCGAGGGCGAGAUGACCCACUCGCAGAUGCCCAGUCCCAAUCCCAGUGGCAGUCCCAAUCCCAAUCCCUGCCCCAGUCGCAGUCGCAGUCCUGGCUGCAGCAGCAGCGCCGUCGGCGGCUCCAUAUUGCACGAGAAGCUGGCCCAGAUCAAGGCCGAGCAGCUGGAGCAGCAGCAGCAGCAGCAGUUAUAGGAUCAGUCGAUGGCAAGGCCGGCAGCAUUUGCCUGGCCGCCGCUGGCCACCCACUACUAUAGCUUCUAGAAAAAAAACGGGCAGGAAGGAUCGGCAGGGAUCGUCAGGGAUCGACCAGGAUCAGACAGGGAGUCCGGGGAGUAAAGCAAACCAAAUUAAGCAACACUUUUUAUAGUACAUAAAAGAAACAUAUAUAUAAACGCGGAAACAGAGCCCCCUUCCCCCCUCACUCACCCGCUGAGAUCCGCAUAGAAAAAAAGCAAGAAACCAACAAACAAAAUACAAACAUACACCUAUGGCGCGUUGUGUACGCGCGUAUAUACCAUAUGUAUGUAUUAUUGUUUCGUUUUUGACAAUCGACAAAUAGGCAUUCUCUUGUACAAAACAAAAACAAAACUUUCUUAACAAAAACUAAAAAAACCAAGAAACAAAUCUAAAAAAAACUCACACACACACACAACCUUAAACAACCUUAAGACCAACAAAAAACAAAAAAACAAAAAAAUCUGAGCAAGAAAAAUUUUCAUUUUGCAUUUUUUUACGACAAUUUCUCUUUGGUUGAUAGAUAUAUGGAAUAUAUAUUUUUAUUGAACAGAAAACUAACAACAACAGUCCAAUGGGAAUACAAAAUAAAACAGAAAAACAGAAAAUCAGAAAAACAACCAACAAACAGCAAAACAGCAGCCAGUCGUGUGGGGCCAGAGGUCUCUGGGAUCCCAGGGAUGCUCCGUGCCCCACACAGACUGCCACGAUAUCGACAGAAUCGAGUACUACAUACAGCCGAGACCAUAUAGACAACAACAUCUACAAUAUCCGAUCAACAACAACAA